CGUAUGCAGAGAGCACGAUAUUUGUUGUGUUUUAUAAAGAUUUAUGUUAAAGUGUGUUUAUAACACUGCUAGAUUACAGGAAGUUACGAUAAGGGGYUUCCUGCGAAAGUUUUCAUGGAUUCAUCACUCGAGUCAUUGGCACAGUUUGAUGAACAAUGGUUUAAUUGAGUACAAUUCACUGUUCUUUUCAACAACAUGUGCUAAUGUGCUGAGUAAAGUAGUGUAAAGAAAUGCUAAUCGCUGUUAUUGACAACGUACAGAACUAAGGAUUUAUCCUUAAUUGGUUAAUUACGUGAUUGGUGGCAACUAGACCACCCCUCGCACUCUAAACUAUAGCCCUCAUUCUCCCGCCAUCACCUUGUGUACCAACAUCGAGACAAUACAGAGAAAACAGAAUGUAAUGAAAUCCAUUCAGACUCUGUUAACACUUUUAUUGGCCGUUGGUUGACAAGCUGAUAUCUUAGGGGCUGCCAAGGGCUAUAAAAGACGAGCCAUUCAAUCCACUGACAUUCACUCGUUCAACUUGGGCUUUAGACGUGACUCUACUCUGAAUAUGGAUCAAACCAAAACUACUGAAAGAGCAAACUCGGGAUUCUCGAUUUCUAGCAUAAUGGGUUUUGCUGAGGGUAAAGACAAAUGUGGCAAAGACGACGACACACUCGGUCAAAAUGUAAAACAAAGUCCAAAACCAACGACRCUGACAAUCAAGUCUGAUAAAGUSAAGAAAGUUAAGCGUUUAUCGAACGAUCAGUCUGAUGGGAAACGUUACAGAGCAACCUUUGACAAAGCACAAAUCUUCCACAUGGAGCGAGUCUUUCUUAUCAACCAUUAUCCAGACGUAGCCUCGAGGUCUGAGUUGUCAAAAGCUACUGGACUAAGUGAAUCUCAAGUUCAGAUUUGGUUCCAGAACAGACGUGCCAAAUGGCGCAAACAACAGCGCAAGCGCAGACAAGAUAUCCCACCAAUCUUUGGACUAGGUUACCCGACACACCUUGCACGCCUSUACCCUGGACUCACCGAUCCUUAUGGGAUGUUCCCUUACGAGUACUACAAUACUGACUUCUGGACAUGCGCACAACAACAGAUUGCUGCUAUGCACUACUCUGGUCUUAGUGCUCCACCGCUUGGCUCUUGCAUCCUGACGCCGCCAAGGAGUGGUGAUUCCCAGUCACCUCCAAUCAUUUCGCCAGMAUCAUCACCCAGUAGUUCYCCAACUAGCUCUAGUGUCAGUAGUGGCUUGGAGACGAGUCCAGUUGGUAAGAAUGAAAAAGAAGCCAUGGAAAUAAGAAACGAUGCCAGUUUGUCGACUUUGCGCAUGAAGGCAAAAGAACAUGUAGCGGCAUUGGAAKCGAGUGCAUCAUCGUAAAUUUAGCCGAGUACAUAUCGAUUGACGAGUCAAAUGCCCGAGGAAAUAUCGAUUGAAUAAGAAUGAAUAUUGAAUUUCUGAAAUCAGAAAUGUUGAAAACAGAAAGUGAUGGAAUUAUUUAUUGAAGAAAUUAUCCUAGAGGAGAUUGCACUAUUUUAUUAUAUACAUAACUGUCAGCCUUUAUGGAAUCUAAAAAAAAAAUAUUUUUGCUUGAUAUAGACGCAUUAUUUAUACAAGAGUAAGAGUGUAUUUUUAURACGUGCCUUUAUAUUCUAAAAAAUUACCUUUGUAAGAUGUACAUAUUUUAACUAAAAAGUUUAAAUAAAAACCCAUUGAAUUUUUUUUAGUUAUU